AGGCACCUCCUUGGGCAGCCUGCGCAGACCGGCUGCGUGGGGGCCUCGGGGCUUGAGGCCGGGCACGUGCGGGAGGAAGUGGCGCUGUCAGUCCGCGCGGCGCUCCAAGCCCCAUCAGCGUGGAGCCAUGGGAGGCCUGGAGAAGAAGAAGUAUGAACGAGGCUCUGCCACCAACUACAUCACCCGAAACAAAGCCCGGAAGAAGCUGCAGCUGAGCCUGCCCGACUUCAGGCGGCUGUGCAUCCUGAAGGGCAUCUAUCCCCACGAGCCCAAACACAAGAAGAAGGUGAACAAGGGCUCCACGGCAGCCCGGACUUUCUACCUGAUCAAGGACAUCAAGUUCCUCCUCCACGAGCCCAUUGUCAACAAGUUCCGGGAAUACAAGGUGUUCGUCCGGAGGCUCCGGAAGGCCUAUGGGAAGAGUGAGUGGAACACCGUGGAGCGUCUGAAGGACAACAAGCCCAACUACAAGCUUGACCACAUUGUCAAGGAGCGGUACCCCACCUUCAUCGACGCCCUUCGGGACCUGGACGACGCCCUCUCCAUGUGCUUCCUCUUCUCCACCUUCCCCCGGACCGGCAAGUGCCACGUGCAGACCAUCCAGCUGUGCCGCAGGCUCACGGUGGAGUUCCUGCAUUACGUCAUCGCCGCCCGGGCCCUGCGCAAGGUCUUCCUGUCCAUCAAAGGCAUUUACUACCAGGCCGAGGUGCUCGGGCAGCCCAUCGUGUGGAUCACGCCCUAUGCCUUCUCCCACGACCACCCGACAGACGUGGACUACAGGGUCAUGGCCACCUUCACCGAGUUCUACACCACCCUGCUGGGCUUCGUCAACUUCCGCCUCUACCAGUCCCUCAACCUGCACUACCCCCCCAAGCUCGAGGGUCAGGCCCACGCAGAGGUGAAGGCCCGCGAGGACAGCUAUGCACUGGACUCUGAGAGCUCCAUGGAGAAACUGGCCGCCCUCAGCGCCAGUCUGGCCCGGGUGGUGGUGCCUGCAGAGGAGGAGGCUGAGUUGGACGAGUUUCCUGCCGACGGGGAGACGGCGGCGCAGGAGGAGGAGCGCAGGCAGGAGCUGCAGGCGCAGGAGCAGCAGAAGAAGCUCUUCGAGGGCCUCAGGUUCUUCCUGAACCGGGAGGUGCCCCGUGAGGCCCUGGCUUUCAUCGUCAGGAGUUUUGGCGGGGACGUGUCCUGGGACAAGUCUCUGUGCAUCGGGGCCACCUAUGACGUCACAGACUCCUGCAUUACCCACCAGAUUGUCGACCGGCCCGGGCAGCAGACCCCUGUCAUCGGCAGGUGCUACGUGCAGCCUCAGUGGGUGUUUGACUCUGUGAACGCCCGGCUCCUGCUCCCCGUGGCCGACUACUUCCCCGGGGUGCCGCUGCCCCCACACCUCUCCCCCUUCGUGUCCGAGAAGGAAGGAGACUACGUGCCCCCUGAGAAGAGGAAGCUGCUGGCCCUGCAGCGGGGCGAGCACCCAGGAAAUUUGAAUGAAUCUGAAGAGGAGGAGGAGGAGGAGGAUGGUGAUGGUGAUGAAGAAGGAGAGAAUGAAGAGGAAGAGGAGGAAGAUGUGGAGGCUGGCUCAGAAAAGGAGGAAGAGGCCCAACUGACAGCUCUGGAGGAGCAGAGGAUGGAGGGGAAGAAGCCCAGGGUGAUGGUGGGCACCGUGAAGCUGGAGGACAAGCAGCGGCUGGCCCAGGAGGAGGAGAGUGAGGCCAAGCGCCUGGCCAUCAUGAUGAUGAAGAAGCGGGAGAAGUACCUCUACAACAAGAUCAUGUUUGGCAAGAGGCGCAAAAUCCGGGAGGCCAACAAGCUGGCGGAGAAGCGGAAAGCCCACGACGAGGCCGUGAGGGCUGAGAAGAAGGCCAAGAAGGCAAGGCCGGUGUGAGCGGUGGCCCGUUGGGCCAGGCCAGCGCGGGACAGCUGGGCUUGCACAGGCAGGCGAGGACCCAGCCGGGUGGCAGAGCAGAGUCCCGGAGUCUCUGCUGUUCCCAUCCCCUCCUCCCCCUGCCGGCCUGGCCGCCUCUCAUGCUUCCGGCUGGGCCAUGGGCAGCCCCGGCUCCAUUGGAUGGAAUUCUGACAGAGAAGAGGCGCCUGCGCCCCACUAUCUCCCAGGAAUCAGCAACACGGGGAGCAGGGCCCCACCAGCGGCUCCCAUUCACUCUGGCUUUCUGCAGCCCUCCCCCCUGCACACACACGCGCCGCCCCCCCCCCCCCCCCACACACACACACUUGAUUCUCCAGGUGCUGUGAUGGAGGGUGGGGAAGCAUUUGUUAUUAAAUGGCUGGAGUCUUGCAGCCAAUUGAACUCUGUGUUCAUGAGCCUUCCUGAGGUUGGAGAAGAGCCACCUGGUGAGUGCCCUGUGCUCUAGGCUGCACACCCGGAUGUUCACAGAGAAGGGCCUGGCCGUCGCUCCGAGCUCCCUGGAUCCCAAGGGCCCCUUUGGGUCCGAGGAUGCCAGAAGGUGGGUGCGUGGGUUCUGGGUUCGGACUCUGAAGGCAGUCUGCCCUCAGUUCCCAGUCCAGCCCCUUUUCAGUCUGACCCUGCUUCCGCACGUAAAAUCAGGAGUAGAAAUUCUGGGGCCUGCUUCCAGGGACAUGCGGAAGGAUUCCAUGACAGGCAGACUCCGUGGUGUUGGAUGGCUAAUAAAGUGCUCAGUAAACCA